UCACAGCAUCACAACACCAGCUAACAACCAUUAGUCCUUGGUGUUCUGCAUUCACUUUUCAUGGCGCCCUCCUUCCCGCUCUCCUUUGCACCCCAAUCAGCCGAUGAAGCAACCGCACACAAGGAAAUCUAUGACCAACUCCGGCAAGCCGUGGAGACCUUCCCGACGGCGCCCAACAGCAGCACCAGCUUCACGUACAGUCGCCACCCCGACGGAUGGUACACGUUCCCGGAGGGGGUUGUGAGUGCCAUGGUCAUCAAGAGUCACCUUACGGCGCGCACCACCGACAUCUUUAUGGUCACCUUCCCUAAGUCCGGCACCACCUGGCUUAAGGCGCUCUUGCACUCGGCUCUCCACCGCAGGGCCGACGAUCUCGCGGCACACAGCCCCCACCAGCUCGUUCCUUUCCUUGAGACCCAGGUGUUCAUCAAAGAUCGGAUCCCUGACCUGAGCUCCCUCCCGGCGCCGCGGCUGUUGAUGACGCACAUCCCGUCCCAGUCGUUGCCGGACUCUGUUGCUGACUCCAGCUGCAAGGUGGUGUAUCUAUGCCGGGAUCCCAAGGACUGCUUCAUCUCGCUCUGGCAUUUCUUGAACAGGUUCAGGCCGUGGGACAUCAACGAGGCACACCGAAACUUCUGCGAUGGUGUCUCACUGUUUGGCCCGUACUGGGAGCAUGUCCUCGGCUAUUGGAGGUGGCACGUCAAGAGACCAAGCCAGGUACUCUUCUUGACCUAUGAGGAGCUCACUACCGAUACACUCGGCCAACUGAGACGCCUAGCCGAGUUCGUCGGACGCCCGUUCAUGGUGAAGGAGCAGGAGAUCGAAGUGGACAGAAAGAUCGUGGAGGCCUGCGCCAUGGAGAGCUUGUCGAGGUUGGAAGUGAACCAGUCGGGGACAACUGACAUGGUCGAUAAAACCUAUGCGAACAACAUAUUCUUCCGGCGUGGCGUGGUUGGUGAUUGGAGGAAUCACCUGACACCGGAAAUGGCGCGGAGGAUUGAUGAGAUUACAGAGAUCAAGUUUAAAGGAUCCGGCUUGCUGUUGCAUCCACAAUUUUUACAAGCAAAAAGAGAAUAAAAUGAACUAUUGACAAGUGAAGUGGAGGAACAUCUCAUGAUUGUACUUAUUUCUUUGCUUAAUGAAAAAAAAAUGCAAACCUCGUGUCUAUUUAUGAAAAUAAAAAGUGAAAACAUAGUAUGUACGUAUGUCUAUAAAUGAAAUUAUUGCAAGCUGCCUCAAAUAA